GUCAAAUUGCCAGCAUUCUAACAGCUCUUGUGUACUACUAGUAUUUUAUUGCGUAUGAGUCAUGAACAGAUGAAGAGGGGUUAAAAAAAAAAAGGGUCAAUGAAGUCUGCUUGCCCAAUUCUAUUUUGUAGUUAGUCUUUGGUUCAUUCGCCACUCCUUUUCUUCAUCAACUCAAUCUGUUCCAUUUUGAUCACCAUUUUCAUUCUCUAUUCUUAUUGCCAUUCAGAUCAGUAAUUGUCAAAAGCUUCCCCAACAACAACAAGAUGGCUACAACUGACGUUGUUCGUUCCUCCUUACAACAUAUAGACUCUAUCUUGUACCACAUUGAUCACCUGGAUUCACCUAAUGAGAGGAUUGAGAAAAUGAUAUAUCGGUUGAGGAUUCUCAAAGUGUUUGUUCUUUCAGCCAGAAAGUUGGGCUAUAAACCUAGCCUAAGAUCUUUCUUGGUAAAGCUUGAAAAUAUUGUUGGCCGACUCGCAGACCAGAUUCACACUUUCCGUUUCGAUUCAAAUGCCUCUGUAGUUGACUUCGUACACAAGUUUGGAGCGGAGCUUCUAAUUCUGUUUGGUGGAAUGGAUAAAUGGUUCGCCAUUCUCGCGGAUUCCAAGCGACGACCAACUGAUUCUCUCGCAACAGAUGAAGUUUUGGAACUCAUUAGCUGCUUCCUAGAGUAUCUACCACCACUGGAUGGACCUUGUUUAUUCUCUUACCAUAUCAGGCUUCCACAAACAGUACAAGUCCUUGAAGACCAGAUGGCAUUCUUGAGAAGUCAUGUCCUCUUUGCCAAACAGAUCAAUAAUGUUGAACCUCCAGAAGAUCUAUUGGCUCGCGUUGGAGAUAUCGCUGUCGAUGCAGCUUAUCUGCUUCAUUUGCGUGCUCUUUUCGCGGUUCAUUAUAUCAAAUAUGAUGAAAUUCUGUCCAAGAGUUCAGUAUUGGUGCAAAAACUCAAGCCUUCUGAUCCUCAGGUCUGUAAGAUUUACAUUGACCUCUUGAUGAGUACCUCAAAGUCAUCGUCCACAAGAUUUGAUCCUGCUGAUCAAGAGACGGAUAACAAAUCUCUUGUUCCAAUGACGGAUAUCCUGCGUCAUCUCAUAUCUCAGCUUUGGGAGGUUCUAGCACUCCAUACUUCUUCUGUCAUUGGGUCAAUGAAGGAUCAACUACUAGAGCUGUAUGGAGGAAUCAGAUCCUUGAGAAAAUUGUUUCUCCAGCAACUUCAGCAGCAGAAAAGAAUUGAUAUGACCAUCAAGGAACAACUUGUUGCUGUGGUAGGAAAUGCUGGAGUUUUCAUUUUCUCAUUGUACCAGAAGACACAACCAGAUCUUGGGCUUCUUCAGGUUGUGUUAGAAGAAAUCCAUAUUAUCAUGAGAGAACUUGGAGAGAAUGAUCUGCAAUUACCAGAGCUCAACAUUCCAAGCACUACUCACUUGUCUUUUGUUGAAUUUUUAAUGGAAAGACUAAUGGAAGUGAUGACUAGCAAUCUUGUACCAACAACUGUUAGCAGCAGUACUCAAACUAUCCUAGACGAACUCGCGUCUUUAAGAUCUCUCUUGGGGGAAAGGAUAGAGGUUGGGGAUCAUGUUUGGGAGGUGGCAUACAGGAUAGAGGGCCUCAUCAAUGACCUAGAGGUUGGCCAUCUUCCAGAUUCUUUCAUCACAUCUUUUGAGUCCAUCACAAAAGACAUCAGAAAUAUUAAGACAGAAAUUGAAGUGAAGAGAGCAAAUCUUGGAGAAAUCAAGGUAGUAAAGGAGGAGGUAGCCUUGACUCACAGUUUUGUGCAGCAACCACAAGCUCCACCAUUGAUAAAGGAAGUUGUAGGCUUGAUUGACGAGGCAAACUCGAUCACUAAUCGGCUCAAAAGGGGAACCGAAAAAUUGCAAAUCGUCGCCAUUGUGGGAAUGCCGGGAAUAGGCAAGACCACAUUGGGUGAAAAAGUUUACAAUGAUCGUCCUGUGGAGCUGCAUUUUUCUGUUUGCGCACUCACUACAGUGUCUCAAACAUUUGACAAAAUGAGAGUGCUACGCGACCUUUUAAAACAAGUUGACCCUGAGAAAUACUCGAAGCUCUCGAGUAACGAUACUGUGAAUGAUGUAGCAGAUAAGCUGAGGCGCAGUUUAAAAGGAAAGCGAUAUCUCAUCUUCUUGGAUGAUGUAUGGGAAGCUAAAGUAUGGGAGAGCUUGAAAGAAUCAUUCCCCGAUGAUUCUAGGGGAAGUCGAAUAAUGAUGACAAGUCGUCAUCAUGAUGCUUUUCCUCCCCAAAUGCUGGAUGACAAACCUCAUGAAGUUCAACCACUCAGUAACAGCCAGAGCGUAGAUUUAUUGCGACAUGAGUUAUUCAGUGAUGAAGGUUGGACUAAUGAAGUAGGUGAUCUCUGGAUGCAGAUUGCUAAACUCUGCCAUGGCUUACCUCUCUCUAUUGUCAUUGUAGCUGGAGUUUUAAAAUCCACACAGCCAGAGAAGUGGGAGGAAAUUCUGGACAGUUUGAUGAGCUCAGGCGCCACCACAUUAUACGAAAGGUGUAGAAACACUCUGGAGCUCAGUUACAGACAUCUUCCAGAGCAUUUAAAGCCAUGCUUCCUUUAUCUCGCGAGAUUUCAAGAAGAUCAACAGGUUUCAGUUAGGAGGUUGCUUCAGUUAUGGAUGGCCGAAGGUUUUGUUAGGAAAGCUGAGAUGAAGAAGCGCCGGUCAAAUGUUGCUGAAGAGUAUCUGAAAGAUUUGCUUGGAAGAAGCUUAGUUUUGGCUGCCGGAAAGAAGUCACUCGGCCAAGUGAAAACAUGCCGGAUUCAUGACUUGGUUCAUGAAUUUUGUUUGCAGAAAGCCAAGGAUGAACAGUUUCUCCAUUUCCUGGAAGGAGGCCUGGAUGAGCUUUUAUCAUUCAAUGCGCCCUGGAACCUUCGGAGGCUUUGCAUCCAAUCUGAUGUGAAGGAUUUCAACAAGUCAAAGGUGUUCUGUCCUCGUGUUUGUUCUCUGCAUUUGAAGCACAUCAAACCAGAACAAUGGAGGCUAGAUAUCUCAGACAUGAUUCACGCAUGGAAACUCCUGAGAGUAUUGGAUUUGGAGCACAUUGAUUUAGAUGGUCUUCCAAGUGAAAUAGGGUUGCUUGUCCGGUUGGCCUAUCUGGCGAUUCGAGGCUUUUGGAAGGAAAUGCCACCAACUAUCGGUACUCUCUCUAAUUUGGAAACUUUUAUUAUGAAUCAUAAAGGUGAUCCGAUUUCCAUGCCAGACAGUUUUUGGAAUCUACAGAAACUAAAGCAUUUUUAUACCACCUUGAGUUUUUUUAUGGGCGGUAUAUUGCCUGUUGAGAAUCUUGAUAGCUCAUCUGCUUUGAAUGAGUUGGAUAGGAUUUGUGGUGUGAUUUUUCCUCAUGAUGGGUCAGUGGAAAGGGUAAUGCGAAAGUUUCCAAACAUCCGCAAGUUGAAAUGCACUUUUUACAAUGAUAGUUACAGAGAAAAUCUCCAGGUUACGUUUCCGGAUUUUCUGAAUCAGCUAGAAUCACUUCAUAUGUUUGGGCAGAACCAUAGACUGCCAAGUAAAACUAGAUUUGACUUAUGUUUGCCAGAAAAUUUGAAGAAAUUGACAUUGACAGCGUUUAACCUCUCUGCGAGGAGCCUUUCAUGCAUCGGUAAACUACCAAACCUUGAAGUCCUCAAAUUCGAUACCGUGCACUUCCCAGAGGAUUCUUGGAGAAUGGAAGAAGAGGAGUUUCCAAAGCUGAGAAUUUUGAAAUUACAUGACGGGAUUCAAUGGUGGAGUAGUGGCUGUGAUGAUCAACUUGGAUGCCUUGAAAAAUUGGAGUUGCACCGUUGCCAUAAUUUGAAAGAGAUGCCUUCUUGUCUAGAAUGUGCUCCAAUGCUUCAAAUGAUUGAGGUCGUUAAUUGUGCUGAAAAUGUUGCACAGAUGGUGAAAGACAUCGAGAAAGUGCAGGUGUUCAAUGGGAAUUCAGAUUUGAAGAUUAUGAUUCUGUAACCAAACUGCGCUGCUACUGUACUUAUAUUUGUUUCAUUUGAUCAAUGUGGACACUCUUUUAUGCGUGACAAAUAUGAAUUUCGUGGUUGAUUCUAGUUUCAUGGUC